AUGGCUACCGAUCUGGAAUGUCAGACGUCGACAACAACUCCUGAAAUCGAUGAACGUCUUUAUUCACGACAACUACAAAUAUUUUGUGAUUUUGGUCAAAACUUCAAAGUACUCGAUACAAAUGGUGAAGAUUCAAUAACAGAAGAAAUAGUCAAUUCAAUUAGUCAUGAUGAAAUUGGUGUUGUAUCAAUAGCGACAUAUACAAAACAUGGUUUCGAAGAUGGAUCAUACGUUACUGUUCAUGAUGUGAAAGGAAUAACUGAAAUUAAUGAUCGUGAAUUCAAAAUCACUGUACUAGAUCCAUAUACAUUUACUAUCGGUGACAUAAGAAAUUUUGGUGUUUAUAAAGGUAGUGGAACAGUCACUGAAGUCGAAAAAGCAGAAACUGUGCAUUUCAUGUCAAUGUCUGCUAAUCUUCAUUUAUCAUUUCAAGGUUUAUCACUUUUUCAAAACCAAUAUAAUGCAUUGCCUCAACCAUGGAAUGAUGAUGAUGCAGAUAAAUUCUAUGAAAUAGUUGAGAAAUUAAAUAGAGAAAAUGGUGAACAGGUAUUAACAGAUCAACUAAAUAAACAUUGGAUAAGACUAUUUGCUAAAACAUGUACUGGUGAUUUAUGUCCAAUUCAAUCUAUUAUUGGUGGUAUUGCUGCUCAAGAAGCAAUCAAAGUUGGUUCAGGUGCAAUUGGUUGUGAAAUAUUGAUAAAUUUUGCUAUAAUGGGCAUUGGAUGCGGAAGAGAUGGUACAGUAUUUGUAUCCGAUAUGGAUUCAAUCAAGAUAUCGGGUUUACAUCGACAAUUUCUAUUUUGUUCUCGGAAUACUGGUUUACUUCAUAAUUUCCCACGUGAUCAUGUGGUAGAUAAAGGUAAACUUUUUUGGAGUGGAAAUAGACGAUGUCCACAUCUAUUGAAAUUUGAUGUUAACAAUAAACUUCAUUUGGAUUUCAUUAUUGCUGCAUCCACUUUAUUUGCACAUAUGUAUAAUAUCCCGCAAAUAUGUGAUCGUCAAUUUAUUGCACAAGAAGUAACAAAAGUACAAGUGCCUGAAUUUAAACCAAAGGAUAUUUUUACAGCAGAUAAUGAUAGUAACCAAUGUAGAGUUGAUGAUCAGCAACGAAUGAAUGUUCAAGAGAAAAACAAUUCGUCAAUUGAACAACUUCUUAAUCGAUUGCCUAAACUUGAUGAAAUAGUUGACAUUAAGAUUCAACCACAUGAAUUAAAAACUGAUGAUGAUACGAAUUUUCAUAUGGAUUAUAUAGUAGCAACAACUCUUUUACGAACUGAAAACUAUGAAAUACAAAUAACUGAUCGAAGUCAAAUCAAAAGAAUUGCUGAAAAUAUAAUUCCAGCUAUUGUAACAACAACAGCAAUGGUUACAAGUCUUGUUUGUCUUGAAGUUUAUAAAUUAAUUCAAGGUCAUAAGAAGAUUGAAUCAUAUCGAAAUGUAUGCCUUAAUUUGACUUUACCAUUCUUUGCAUUUUUUGAAUCGGUACCACCAAAAUGUCAAAAGUAUUUAGACAAGAAAUUCACUUUAUGGGAUCGGUUUGAAGUGAAAGGUGAUAUGACAUUGGAAGAAUUUAUAGAAUACUUUAAGUGUGAGCAUAAACUAGUACCAAACAUAAUUUCAGAAGGAUCGUUUAUGAUUUAUUGUGCACAUUUUAUACAUCAAACGAGUAAAAUACAAAAUAUGAAACGAAAAAUUUCUCAUAUAUAUGAAACGGUGAGCAAAAGAAGAAUACCACCGCACGUUCGUUAUCUUAUAUUAAAUAUGUUCUGUGAUGAUCUUGAAGAAAAUGAAGUUCAAGGUGUUCCUUAUGUCAAGUAUACAUUUGCAUGA